AUGGACCAUGCAACCGUGGUGCCGAGUUUGUCAUACCAUUUAUUGGAUCAGAUGACAAAUGGUUUCUCUGAGGACCGGGAACUUGGCAGAGGCACAUACGGGAAAGUCUAUCUGGGGUUGCAUACGAAUGGGGAGAAGAUUGCUGUGAAGAUGCUUCAUCCCAUGCUAGGACUUGAUGAUGAGCUAUUUGAGAAGGAGUAUCACAACCUUGAAAAUCUCCAACACCAGAAUGUUGUGCGUUUGGUUGGCUAUUGCAAUGAAACUCGACGGGAAUAUGUGCCAUACAAUGGGAAAAUGGUACUUGGUGAAGUGACACAUAGGGCUCUUUGCUUCGAGUAUAUGCAAAAUGGAAGCCUUAAUGAUUAUCUCUCUGAUGAAUCUAGUGGACAUGAUUGGCACACACGCUAUGCAAUAAUAAAAGGAAUUUGCAAGGGUUUGAAAUAUCUUCACGAGGAAUUGGAACCUCCAAUGAUUCAUUCUGACUUAAAACCAGCCAAUGUAUUGCUGGAUGAGAACUGCAUGCCUAAAAUUGGCGAUUUUGGAUUGUCGAGGCUAAUGGAAGAACAAACGCGUAUCACUACAACUUCUGUAGGAACAAUUGGGUACUUACCGCCGGAACAUAUAAAUGGUCGUGUAAUUUCUAAUAAGUUGGACAUAUUCAGCUUGGGUGUUAUAAUCAUAAAGAUAAUAGCAGGACCCACGGGCUACUCAAAAAGUGCUGAAAUAUCUUCACAACAAUUCAUUGAGCUUGUACAUAGAAACUGGAGGAAUAGGCUACAGGCAGCAUCAGUGAAUGCACUGGAGUCCUAUUGCAUACAAGUAAAAAGGUGCACUGAAAUAGCUUUAAGUUGUGUGGAGGUUGACCGACAUAAAAGGCCGACUAUAGGAAACAUUCUUAAUGAGCUAAACGAGACGGAAACUUCAAGUCAAUUUCCUGAUGCGUUACUAAAGGACCUUGAGCCAACAAAGAACCAGGAAAGCCAGCAAACUCACAUAACAGAAGCAGAAGAAAAACGGGAGAGAGAAGAACUAAUCGAAACAGCAAAUUGCUUUGGCGAAGUAGUCGACAACUGCAAAUUGGAUAAAAUGGCGAGGUACAUGGGCAAACACAAGACACGGGAAGACCGAGCACGAGAGGCAUGGAACCUGGUGGACGAGCAUGACAAGGACGACGAAGCUUUCAGGUAUGUCAAGGGUCUGAAGUCCCUGUACGGCAAUGGACAGUCAACGUUGUGCCGUUUGUAUAAUGCCACCGGAGACACCCUCUACCAAGUCGCCAACUACGACUGGUCUGGCCACAUCGGCAGGGCUCCCUACCCAGCUACUAUUGGCAACGGCCAGUGGGCAGCAUUUCAUCACAUCCACCGGGCCGGCGAGUCAUCAGGUUCGGUAGCCGCUGUCGUGUACCGUGGGAAAAAUAAACAUGGCCAAGAUAAGGAUUACAUAGUUGCCUGGAGUACCCCAUGUAGUUUGUGGCACCGAAACAAGGCUUAUUGUGGGAUCAGUGAUGUCAGCUGGUUUCAAAAGAACUUGGAGCAGCUUAUGUACAUCAUUUCCGAUGCUGAUUAUUCUUCUAGCCACAGAUCGGGCGGGUGUGAGAUUGAAGCAAGAAUUGGCAGAGGUCAUAGCCCUAAGUUUACUGCAAGAAUCAGCUACCGCUGA